AAUAAUUGUUAACAUUUUAAUAAGGUUGUGAGUUACAAUUUGCUAAUAAUGUACAAAAUCAUACACGUGAAUCACACAAAUUGUACUUGAAAUCAACCUAUCAUUUGAGAAAAUCAAGUAGGGGAGCCCAUGGGUAGCUCCUGAGGAUGCAAGCAUGGUAGAAUCUUCCUCCUUGUAUUUUAGUAACUUUGAUUUGCUUGUGAAAGAAAGCUUAGAAUUUGGAAUUUAAUUGGUAAAUACAGCUAUUUUUCAAAGAAGAUGAACAUAUAAAGUUUAAAUUUUAAUAUCUAAUAAAUUUUUUUUUCUAUUUUAAGCUACUAAUUCUUUUCUAAAAAAAAGAGCUUAUCCAUUGCACCAGUAUAAAAAUGCAGAUGAAAGCUAAAACAAUAGAAAGAAAAGACACACCCAAAAUUUCUUCUUUCCAACUGUUAAAAGCUUUAAUUUUGUUUCAAAAAUGGAAUCAAGGAAGAUCUCAAGCUAUAUCUACCCAACCAUGGAACUUGAUCUCAACAACCCUUCAUUUGAUCAACACGACCUUUUCGAGUUCGAUGAAGCAGAUGUGUGGAAUAAUAGUUGUCACGAUCAAUCAACAAUCAACUUGGAUGCCAAGAAACCAUUGUCAAGUUCACGAGCAUCGUCAAAGAAAGUUUCUAGAAAAAUGAUGGUAAGUAGUGAUCAUAGUAGCCAAAUGGCACCGGCCUCAGCUUCAUUGCCAGUCAACAUCCCGGACUGGUCCAAGAUUCUCAAAGAGGAAUACAGGGAACAUGGCAAGAGCGAUGAAGAUGUUGACGAUGGCGACGAUGACGACGACGACGACGACGAUGAUCGUGAUAAAAGGGUUCCUCCUCACGAAGUUUUGGCUAGGAGAAGAGGGGCUUCGUUUUCUGUUCAUGAAGGAAUUGGAAGGACUUUGAAAGGAAGAGACCUUCGUCGUCUUAGAAAUGCUGUCUGGCAAAAAACAGGGUUUGAAGAUUAGCCCAAGGAAGAGAAAAUAAAACACAGGUUGAAAAAAUUAUUCUUCUUUUUCUUUUAAGAGUAAGAAUUUUAUAGAGUUAAUU